AUCUGAAUGCAGGACGGUGCUCGAACGUCGCGGAGGUUCGCUUACUCCGAUACUGGGAGGCGAGAAAUGUGAGAAAAGGUGGUGAAUUGAUGAGUGUUGACAUGCUCUUUGUCGAUGAGAAUGUAAGCCUCUUUUCAUAAUCUGAUUUACAGUUUACUCCGCUAAUAUUCUGAUAAGUUUUACGCUUCUAGGGAUUGCUCAUAUUCUGUAAAGUUUUCUUCUUUAAGUGAUUGAUCGAUAGCUAUAAGAUGAUCUAGGUUAUCUGUGACGCAUUAGCGAUUUCUUCUUAACGUUUUAAUUUCUCCUAAAUGAAAGAAGUUUUCAUCUUUUAGCGAUUGUUCCAUAGCCAUUCUCUUAAUGUUUUAAUUUCUCCUAAAUGACAGUCAACGCUUACGCAAGGAUCUGUUAGUGCGAACCGUCAGCUUAGGUUCAGGAAACGUCUCAGCGAGGGCUCUCUGUACACGUUAACCGGAUUUGACGUCACACGCAGCAACACUAAUUUCCGUUUGUGUGAUGCUCCUUUCUCGAUUCGGUUCAAUGAAGGAACCUCUCUUGAGAAGAUAACGGCGUCUGCUAGGCCCAUACCUACGGAGCUUUUCCGAUUCAUGCCAUAUGGUCGGUUACUUGAGCUCGCAAACACUGGGAAACAACUUCCUGGUAUGUAUUUUUAUGCUGAGUAUUUUUGUUUUGUUGUGUUAUAGCAUGUGCUAACGUUGCCCUCUUAAUUGUUUGUUAGACAUAAUUGGUGAAUUGAGUGCGAUCAGAAGCACAAUCACGGACCGUAUAGCAGGUGCACAGCGUGUGAUGCUCACUCUGCGUCUUGAAAGGUUUAUUUUUUUUAACAUAAUGGUUGUUUUAAGGGAUGUUUGAACGAAUAACUUCAAUUGACUGUACACUAAUUUUUCUUUGCAGUGGUGAGAACGUUUGUGUGAGUAUGUUUGACUCAUUGGCGCUUGCGUUUCACACCAAAUUUGACAGCUAUGGGAGAGAGCCGAAAGUCAUAAUUGCUACGGGCGUGAAUCCUAAGAUAGUUGGGGGUCGUUUAUUUUUGAAUGCUACUUCCUCCACACAUCUCUACUUUGACUCUGAGACAGCUGCUGGAAAAAAACUGUUUGACACCUUACCAGGUCAUGGAGCAGUCCCAGGAGAAUCUACUUCAAAGGUGGUUCAUGCCCAGAAGAUUGAACCAAUGACCCUCUCCGAGCUUAACCAGUUUAUUAUCACCGCUGAGUCUCAGAUAAUAGAGUUUCUUUGCACCGCUAAGGUUACUGGUAUCCAGCAAGAUGAAGGUUGGUGUUAUAUUGGCUGCUCCGGGUGUUCAAAGAAGCUUGUCCGAGAGAUAUCUUCUUUCACAUGUUUAUCAUGUAAUGAAACUAAUGCUGUUGCGGCACUCAGGUACCGAGUCGCAUUGUCUGUGUCAGACAACACUGAUACUGCAUCUUUCCUAGCUUUUGAUACAGAGAUGGCUAAACUAACCAACCUUCAAGCUUCUGAGGCUGCUCAGAUUGUGGGGAUAGGGGUUGAUGCUCAGGUUGACACAGAACUUCCUCAGUCCCUUGCUGAUAUUGUUGGAAAAACCUACACUUUCCAGCUCAAAUUGAACGAUUUCAAUUUCUCCUCGAAGCACCAGACCUUCACCAUAUCUCGCAUCUUUCCUGAGCGAGUGCUUGCGCCCAUGCCAGCCUUUGUGGAAGAUGGAACUGUUCCUGCCGAUGCUCAGGCUGGAGAUUUGCCACAUGGAACAAUUGGCAACGUUGGAAUCACUUCUACUGGAGCAGAUAAGCCAACUACAUCUGAUGCUUCAACUGGUAAACGUCCACCACCGGCCAAAGACCAGGACGAUGACGACAAAACUGCCCCGAAAAAGGCACAUGUGGAAUGAGACCAUCACUCCACAGCUAGAACAACCACAACUGCUUCUGAUUCUAAUUAUGUUUUAGUGUUCCCAUUUUCCCCGUGGACUAUUUCUCUUUUUCUUUCAAAGCAAAGUGUUAUGCUUUAGUAUUUUCUAUAUGGUUCUGAACUAUUUGUCUUUGGUUUUUAAAAAAAUGUGGUUGUUCUUUAUAUUAUAUAAAUCUACUACUCUCUUUCGUU